CGGCAGUCAGCGCGGCAGAGCCGACGAUCGAACUUUAGUCGCAGUUUGGCGAUCGCAAACGCUUCACGGUUUGAUUAGCUUUCUUUUUUUGCCCCGCGUCUGCAAUUGCAUUUGCUCGGUUUAGACGAAGAAACUAGAAUCCGCUCGGUCGGUCGAUCAAAAGUUCUUUGAAGCAGUCGUACGUUCAUAAAACGGAGUCAGAACGGAUCGCUGCGGGAUUCAGAAACUGAGGGCCAUGUCGGAGGCGGUCGUCAUGAAUCGGGUCUUUCGGUACUUCAUGAAGUUCCAUGGAUACUUCAUAGCAUUCUGUACGAUCUUCUUCACGUCGGUGAUCAUCGUGACCUCAUUUACUGGCCACAGUCUGCCCGAGGAACCGUUCAUUAUUGAGGAGGAAUAUGAAGCGGUGCAGAGGUAUCCGGUUUUGAUCCAGGUAGAAUCGGCACUAUGGUUGUGCGCAUCUGUGAUACUGGCCGUUGGGCUGUACAAGGAGAACAAAACAUUUCUCACCCCCUUUCUGGCGCUGUUCAUCAUCGACGGUGUGGUCGUGAUCGUUCAGGAGAUUGUGAAUCUCUGCACCGGAAGAGAGUCCGAGCUGGCUACGAUCGAAACCCGGCAGCUGCUCGUCAUGAUACUGGUCAACGUGUAUGUGCUGGUAAGUCUGCUGAUCCUGUACCGGAUGUUUGCCAAGGGACCACUGCCCAACACCCAGAACAGCUUCGUCCGGUUCGACAACGAGCGGGACAUCGAGAACCAACUGCCGCCGUCUGGCAAUCCGCAGCAGAAUAGAAGCUAGUAUUACACUUUACCCACAUAUUAGGUAUUAUUCACGUCGAUGUUGGAACUGGUAUUAGUGAUAUCCAUGUGAAACAAAGCAAAACAAAAAAGAAAAAAAGAAACUUAGUAAUCGAAAAUUUAGUGCGUACCCGGCUUACGCUAAUUGCAUUGUUAUUAUUACCAUUAUUUUUAAACGUAAGUGGCAUGCGAAAUGUACAUAUAGCGACAGUGAAGAAAGAAGUAAAACAGAAAAAAAGAUGGAAAUGUA